GAAGCUGAAAAGGUUUAUGCUGGCACUCGUGCUACUGGUCGAGGCAGAAGCACGCGUGGUCUCGGGACUAGAGCUCCCUAAAUCUUGAACCUGGCCUUCUUCGUUCGACUGGAGCUUCUUCUUGGAGGGUUUCUGCAUCUUCCGUAGAAUCCUGUCCUCGGAUGGUAUGCGAAUUUGCAAUUAUGGUGCGGGGUCCCGCGGGUGAAACGCCUGAAGACUGUUGAGCUUGUAUCGAGAUAGAAUUUUGGAAGGAGCUCCUCUUCGUUUCCGAUUUUCUUCUCACACAACUGUUGCUGUUGCUGUUGCGAUUACGCUUUGUGCAUCACUCCGUACGUGACCUUCCAGUGCAUGAUUUCGUUCUUGGCGGAAGGCGCCGUCGAGUUCUUGAAACGCCCAGAAGCUGCUACGUGAUUGCCCGCGAAGAUGAUCAGAUUGAUGAUGCGGAGGGCCUCUGAGGGUCCAGGGUGUGGAGGAGUUUUAAAAUGGAGGCACAGCUUGGCAUUGUGUGCCAAUUUCUUCGCAUCAGAACCGGGUCCUAACUUUGCGAAAAUUGAGGCUACUGUCGUUGGCAGCGGCGUACACAUAAACAAGUACGACUUGAGAACGUCAGAGAUGAGAAAGCAAGUUCAGCGCCGGGGAAACAUAUAUGCUGGAGUGUCGUAUCUCAGUACCAGUGCAGGUUUACGAACCUUGGACCCCUCGAACUCUCCUGAGCGACUGGGCGUUCAGGUUGGGGCCAUGUUGAAGAUAGAUUUGUCCGGUACAGCAGCUGGUGUCAGUGCCACCGCAGGAGAUAACUUGGAGGAAAUAUCAAUUCAGCCGAUUUGGAAAGAUUACACAUCUAAUGUUGCAGAAUGGAAAUCCAUGACAUUUACUCAUUCACAAAACAGAGUGUCCUUUGAGAAGAGCAAAACUUUGGAUCAAAAUAAGACUCAGCUUCAAAACCUUUUGGAGCUUAAUGCAAACAUCCCAGCUAGGUGGUGCAGCCUCGAUAUCCAGACCAGCGAAGGCCAUGUUUACGUACAAAGCGUGAGAGAAGGAACUCUUCGAGUUACAACGUCGGGUGGAGAUGUAAAGCUAGGUGAAGUAAAGGGAGGUGAGGCUCAUGUCGAAUCUCACGGUGGUGACUUUCAAGCCAAGCUGUUACAGGCGAGUUCCUCUCUAUAUACCGCUGGUGGCAAGCUUUUUGUGAACAAACUCCAGGGGGACGUCAUCAGAUUGGAUAGCGGUGGUGGAGAAAUUGUUCUCGGAACAGUUUACGGAAACGAUGUUACUGUGCAGUCAAGAGGGGGUUCUCUGGAGGCCAGGCAGAUUCAAGCACAACACUUGGCUAAUAUUUCAAGCGAUGGUGGAUCUAUAUCCAUAAGUGGGUUUGACGGGAAUGGAGCCUUUGUUUCUCAUGGGGGCACGGUGGAGAUUCAUCUGAACGACCACGCUGAAGAAGUCUCAAUCGACGCAGCAGAAGGAGACGUGAUCCUGUCACUAUCCUCCAAACUCACAGCGCAGGUGAAGUGGGACGCCGUCCGAGGUCCGAUCGAACAUGGCAACAUUCUCACAGCGAGCAGCACCGAGGCAGGCUCGUACGACUACAGAGGCCGCGAAGCCACAGAGCUCGGGCACGAUCAGGGCUGGAGAGGGUCGGAAAACGACCGUCACGGCGCAGCGAGCAGCAGCGAGAAUGACGCAGUGCCCUGCAGAAUCGUGGUGCUCAGGGCAGGAGCUGUGCGUGUGAGGCAGAAGGGCUGGGUAGACGCCAUUUGACGACGGGGGGGUUUGUAGGUAGGCGCACCGGGGAAUGGCCGGAGCCAAGAAGCGCAUGCGAUCGUGUGAAACUUAAAUGAGAGGCAUGAGAUACGACCUCCCGCUGUAAAUGCGAGCCGGGCCUGGCGAGAAAAGAUUUGUAAACCGGAUUAAAUUUCGAGCUAC